AAUCAAUCAAAAUUUAAAGAGAAUCGUAUACAAUCAUAAACUCUAGGACCUUAGGACUCGCCACUGCUGAUCCGAAACGCACACAAGAGAUGACCAAGCAAGACAGGCAACUGCUGUUCUGGAACACCUUUUCCAUCUUCUACCACGCCUACUUCCUGAACAUCCACCUACUGUACGAGAACCUAAAGGAUGUGAAGGGGCUGGUGGAUGUCUCCGAGCAGGAUAAAUGGCUGCGUGAGUGCUUCACCUGGCUGACGACUAUCCUGCUCGUGGUACGAUUCAUCCUGACCUUUGCCGGACUCACGGCCAGUGUGGUGGCCAUCUAUCCCAUAAUGACAAACUCCCAGCCAGAGAUGCUCAUGCCCACCAUCAUUGUCCAGGCCAUCAACAGCGUGAUCCUCAAUUUGUACGAACUGCUUUUGGGCUAUGGGUUUCUCAGCUACCUCUUUCCCAAGAGCACGGCCGUGUUUGUUGUGUUCCUCACCAAAAUGGUGUUAAAAAUCACUUGGGCCUUGUCUAAUUUGAACUACUACACGGAUCAGCAUAAUCGAUUGGUUCACCUAAACAACUUUAAUAUCGAGGACGCGCAGAGUGUUGACCUGAGCCAGGACUCGAUGAAUGAAUUUGAGAUCAAUAACCUCAAUUUAGCCUCAAAUUAACAUCCAUAGUUGCAUAUUUUGUUAGAUACGAUAUUCGUACCCUAAAUUAAAGGGCAGUAAUA